UGAGGGCUCCUUUAAAAUGCAAGAAUUUUAUAGAAAUGGUACAAGAAUCUUAUCAGAAUCAGUUCAAUUUCACAGUAAAAAUACAGGAUUAAAAAAAAUCCCGCAAUCAAAAAGACCUGAAAGCUUCGACGAGAGGAAAACAGAGAGGAGUCCCUUUUCCUUUCGCCACGUAUCUCGCGGCCCCUUCUUCCCCGAGCCGCGUGGAACAAACCAGCCCUCCCCCUCCCACCCUUCCCCCUUCUCCUCCUCUCCCCUCGCCGAUUCCCAGCACCAUCUCCUCCCCCGUAUCUCCAUCGCCGCCACUGACGGCGAAUCCGCGGCCCCCGCUCCGAAUCCGCGCCACCUGCGCACAGAUCUCCCCCCUCGGCGCCUCCGGAUGUCAUGAGCCGCCCCCAUUUGUCCAAGGACCUGGCCUUCCCGCGCGCCAAUGGGUUCUUGGACAGCGGGGUCCGUGGCCUCGGCGAGGUCGAGGAGGUGGGCGCCGCGGCCACCGUACCCGUCGAGCAGUCGCCCUCGCCCUCGCAGUCCCCGUCCCUGUUGUCGUCGUCGCCGGCGGCGAUGUCGUCCUGCGGGCAGUACAUGCUGCACCGGGUGGGCAAGCUCGACACCCUCGCGGGCGUCGCCAUCAAGUAUGGCGUCGAGGUAGCCGACAUUAAGAGGCUGAAUGGCCUCUCAACUGACCUCCAGAUGUUUGCACACAAGAGGCUGCGGAUUCCACUCCCUGGGAGGCACCCUCCGUCGUCUUACCAGAACAGUUCAUAUGAGGGUGAUGACAGGGAAUGUACUCCACGUCGCAUUCAUGAUGAUAUCUUGGAUUCAAUAUUGAAAACACCAAAGCACGAAGUUUCGCAAGCCAUGAGCCUUUUGCAGGGAUACUAUGGCCUUGCACCACCUCCAAAGAGAGAUCAAACUGGUGAAGGCACUGAAAUGGCAGUUUAUAGAAAAGGCAAAUCUGCUUGUUUGGAUGUUGAGCCGUGGCUGGAGCCACCAAAUUCCGAUCCAUUCCCUCUUCAUAAUAGGAAAACCAGAAGCUUGACGAUAGGUUCUUCUAUUGUUAAUGGUGAGGCUGAUGAGAAUGGCGACAGCGAAAGGUUGAUAAGGCGGCGACAGAAAGCUGAUGGUGAGCUGUUACCUAGGGAGGAAAAUGGUGGCGACUUCCUGGCAAGCUCUGGGAAAGGCUUGGCAUUGAGGCCAAAGUCAAGCAAUCGACCAGACAUGAACAAGAGUCAGCAGAAUCUUUCUGCAAUGGCGGAGCCUUUGUUCGGCAAUGGAUUGCAAACUGUUAGGAAAUCAUCUAGCACUCCAGAGUUCCAAGAGCCAGAGAGAAACACCAGUUCCUACAUAUGGUCAACGAGCAAGUGGAGCUUAAAACCAGAUGUUUUUACUCUUCCUCUCCCUAUCCCUCGCUUUGACAAUAUUCCAAAGCCAAUUGCCGCUUGGAUAAACAAGGCAGCUCGAGAUUAAUAAUUUGUUAUGUCUUGGUUAUGCAUGUGUUAUCCCCUGAUCUUCAGGAGGCCCAGGAAGAGCUUAGGUUGGCACCAGUCUUCCCAGCGAUGGAAGUAGGCAGGAGUGCAGGACCUUGAUUGGUUCCUGCUAGUUGGAAUAUACAGAAGAUCGGACGCAUGUCUUCCAUGAUUCGGAUAGUGCUUAGGUUAGAUUUAUAUGGUUCUCAUGUUAUGUUGGAGAUGUUACACCAAGGGGAGCAGCGUUAAUAUUCUUCACAUAAAUUAUAGAUGACAUAGAGGAGGCUUGGAUAUUUGAGGAUGGUAUUCUUUUGUACACACAAUUCAGCUAAUGUAGGAUCAAAGGGCUGCUAUACAUGUGUUGUAUGUGUGAUCCCAUACCAUAAUAUAGAAUAAAUUAGACUUAUUAA